AUGACAGUACUUCGAAACUACUUACAAAGAUUCAUCAAUAAAACUAUUCUGAAGGUCUCCACAUACAUUCGAACAACUUCUUCGUCGGAAAUUCAGACAAGAUCUGAUAAAGACUCUCCAAAACCUACAAAGAAGGUUGAUCAUAUUUCGCAGUACACCCUUAAUUACAAACUUCCGGACAUAUGGACAGCAGCAUGGCAUCCGACCAGCAAUGGGGAGCGAAACAAACUCUGCAGCCACCACCACAGUAUCGUCGAGCGAAGUGAACCCUAUCCUGUCUUAGAUGGCUGGAAUGAAAUGAACGAGCACUUUCCAGCACAACAGCCGGUUUUCGAACAAAACACAUUCCCUGAGCUUCAAUCAAGCGAGGAAAAUACCAGAGACCGUCGGCGUAACAUCUCUCCGAGUGCGCACCCGUCCUGGAACACCAACUCCAAUUUCGAGGACAUGGAUUCAGAAACGUUGAAAGAGGUAGAACCAAAAUUGAUGGCCAGUUUGAGACCUGAUGCUCCCGCCUUACUGGUGCAAGCCCCAACUUUCCAGGUUGCCCGUACUGCUCCAGUUGGUCCUGCCACUGAAUUGCCCAUCACGGUCAACAACUUUGGUACCAGCGAAAGUUUUGGUACUACAGGAGGUCAACACAUAAGCAAAAUCAAUUACCGAGACCAGAGACAAUCAAAUCCAAUUUAUUUUGCGAGAGAUGGAACAGGAGCAAACGCAACGGCGGUGGCAUUUCGGAGCCCUCUUUACGACCCAGGAAUGGCAUGUACAGUCAGGGAUGGAUCUGAAAUCAGUAGACAUAUUGAGAAUUCCCAGUAUUGUCAGCAUACUAUGGGUCCACAUCAAACUCCUGCACAUGUCUACACAGAAAUGGAAUACGAGCCUCCGCAUGAGCCUCGGAACGAUCACUUAGAAGUUGGGCCUGCUGAUUCCAGAAAGUGGAUCCCCAUGAGCCAUGCGCAAGACAACCAAUCUUCGACUGAAGGAAAGCGCGCACAAAUCAAUACAUCAGAAGAUCGUGCAUUUCCUGCAACACUUGGCGAUCUGAACGUCGGACGUGUAUACAGGCCAACACCUGAAGUUUUUGGGGAACAGGAAGUCCAGAUGUUCGAUCAACAGGCAAUGAAUCGUGGCACCUUUGAUAAUAUGAAUCGAGAACAUCUCCUUUUGCCCGAGUUUCAGUCGACGUUCCAGGGUUUCAUGAAUGAUGAUUUGGCCCUGCCGCCAAAAGGGUUUUAUGACCCAGCUUUUAAUUGCAGAAAGCACCAAAGAACGGAAAAUCUCAAGCCACAAAGCGCAAAAUCAUGCGCUCAAAACGUCAAGGUCCGCGGCGCGAUUCCAGCACCCAAAAGAGCUAAGAAUGGUGAGCCAUCUAAGAACGGGCUUUCAGCCUAUCUCAACAGCCACGAAUCAAAAUAUCCACGUGUUACGAUUACCGAAGAAGAGAUGAAAGUCAUUGAUCCUUGUUAUGAGAGUCGUCCUCGCCGAACAUUUCAAGGUUUAAGAAACUCCUGGAAUACCUCCAAGACUUGUCGAAUAGACUGGGAUCAAGUGGAAUUGCUAAAUGCACACCGCCGAAAAGCUAGGCAUGAUGAAGAAGAGCGUCAAAAGCUUUGUAGCCCCGGCGAAUACGUGCCAAAAUUCAUUUCUGCAGACUACAAGCCUUCGGACAAACUUCGAAAAUACCAGAAUGCUUGGCUAGAGGCAAAGAAGGUGGGGGUCAUCUCUGAUGCCUGGAUGAAUUGGAAAAGUAGAACUAUCAAUCUAUGUAAAGUACCAGAUCCGCUCGGAUUUAUCUGCGAUAAGGUUGAGCCAAAAAUGUGUCAAAAGCAGUCAAUAUUGAGCUUUCGAUUCAAGGAGAGCAAAGACAAAUUCGGUUACCGGAGACUUUAG